UCCGGCCCGCCUGGAACAAUGGCUGCGCUGCCGCGGCUGCUCUGCUCGGCCGCGCUCGCCCUGCUGCUCUGGGCUGGAUUUUGUUCCUCAGUGUGUGUGGAGGUCCCAUCUGAGACAGAGGCUGUCCAAGGGACGGACAUGAAGCUGCUCUGCAUCUCCUGCAUGAAGAGGGAAGAGGUGACGGCCAGCACGGUGGUGGAGUGGUUCUACAAGCCCGAUGGGGGAAAGGAUGAGCCUAUCUACGAGUACAGGAAAACAAACCACGAAUUUCCCAGCCGCUUCAGCGGGCGGAUACAAUGGAACGGGAGCAAAGACAUGCAGGACGUGUCCAUCACCGUGCAGAACGUGACCCUCAACGAUUCGGGCAUCUACACCUGCAACAUCACCCGCGAGUUCGAGUUCGAGAUCCACCGGCCCCUCUUCCAGAGCUCCAGGAAGAUCCACCUCACCGUGGUGGAGGAGGCUGGAGAAGACUUCACCUCUGUCAUCUCAGAAAUUAUGAUGUAUAUUCUGCUGGUCUUCCUCACGCUGUGGCUGCUGAUUGAAAUGGUCUAUUGCUACAGGAAGGUGUCCAAGGCAGAGGAGGCUGCCCAGGAAAACGCGACAGAUUAUCUCGCGAUUCCAUCGGAAAACAAGGAGAACUGUGCUGUGCCUGUGGAGGAGUAGCGGAGAGGAGGCAGCGGAGUGAACGGCACCGAGGGGCUCUCAAGACAGAAGGACCAUGCCACGCCAGCCAGGUUUGAGGGGGAGCUCUGCGCCGUCGGGAGGAACACGGGGAAGUGUAAAUUCUCUUCCAUUUGCCUUGGACUCUGUACAGCCUUGACUUUGGUCCUGUGACCCCAUCUGAGCUGCCAGCCCGGUGCUGAAGGACUCUUCUGUGGAAGCAUGCUGAGCAAACAGCACAGGGGUGUGGGCAGCACGGCUCCUUCCCGAGUUUCACUUCCAUCAUCACCUCAAUGGCUUUGUAAAUGUUACCUGUCACUUCUUAGCUGCUCUCACCACCACCUUUAUUUGCUAAAUAUGCUCCUUCUCCACUGC